ACGAUUCAGUACGUCGGGAUACCUUUAGCGCUGCGGUUGUGAAGAAGGUAGUAGUCGGUGGAAAACCCUUCCGUUAGUUAAAGGAAUUCUCAAAUGCUGUAUAUUGAAGCAUUAUAUUAAGGCAAAGCAAGAGUUUGUGUUCAGUAAAAAAUUAAUAUUCAACUCUUGUGUUGAAAAUUAAAAAAAAAAUAUUUUUUUCACACCUGAUGAAUAUAAAAAAUUACAUAUACAAGAGCUAUAAAGUGUAACAAAAUCACCGUUAAACAGCAAUGAUUUAAAAAAGUUAAAAUAAUUUAACUGUGCUUAAUGUGAGAAAAAUAAGUGUUUGUAUUUUUAGUGGAAAAUAAAUUUGUUUAUCUACGUUGGGAAAUGAAAUUAGCAAUGUUGAAGAAGUGAAUUGUUGUUUAUAAGCACUUGGUGUUUACAUUUUAAUGAAUAUCUAGCAUGGAAAAACACAAACAAAUUAAAGAAAUUUUAAACAAAAAUAAUAAUUUGAGGAAUAAAUAAAUAAAUGUGAAGAAAAAUGUAACAUUUAAAAAAAUAAUGUUUAAAUAUUUAAAGAGCAAACAAAAUAAAAAAUCAAAUAAUUUUAAACAAUAAAAAACAAUUAUUGAAAAAUUGGCGUGCAACCCACUAAACAGUUCACCUGUGAACAGUUCUAAAAAAACUCAAAUCCCUAAAUUUAUUAAAAAUAAAACUACAUUUCGUUCAUUACAGUGAGAGGACCAAAAUAAUGAAAUAAAUAUACAAAUACAUUUUUAGAAAAGUGAAAAGUUGCUUCUUCAUGUCAUCGUACGAUUGCCAAGGUUAAGUGCUGUGAAGUGUUGCUGUCAACAGCUUUACUGGAUUAAGGAAAAUAUUCUGCAGUUUCGCGAAUUUCAAUGGGAAAUUACAAAAUCAACAAGCGACCAAAAGGCACUAAAAAUUUACAUAAUUCCGAAAGCCGCUUACAAUUUUACACCUUUAUGAGUACCAAUGUGUUUCAUGAAAAGGUGAAGCUGGCAAAAAUAACCGAUGACAAGGUAUAAAUUCAUCAGAAAGCUGCAAAGACAACAGCAACGAAUCUAAACAAAAGCAAAGUGUGUUUACGUUAAUAAUGUCCAAAGUAGAGGCGACAAAGCAAAACCUAGAAACAAAAUUCAUCAAAAGACACUCACCCACAUAAUAGGCAAAAAGCCAAAUGUUAAAGAAAUAAAUUGAGAUUCAUAUAUACACACAGAAAUUUCUACGGCAUUAAAAUGCUCGACUCACACAUACCUACAACGGCAGUGAGUGACGUUGGGAGCAAACAGUCCUACAAUGGCGACGCUUUUGCUGAGUUCGAGAGUAGUGGAGUCGGGUCGGGCAUCGUCAUUGCCAAUGAAAAUACUCGUGUUGAUUUCGGCGGUUUAGCGGAGGGCCUGCAAGAUAAUUAUUCCCAACUUAUCGGCACCGCAUCGGCCAUUGAUUGGUGCAAUCAAUCACUGUUACUCUAUGGACUAAAUAACUGUAGUAUGAAUACUAACGGUGAAAAUAACGAUACAAUGGCGGACGAUGAUAUAUCAUUCAUAUUGCCAUGGUGGCGCCAGGUCCUGUGGUCUAUACUAUUCGGUGGCAUGGUUUUAGUGGCGACGGGCGGAAAUUUAAUUGUGGUUUGGGUUGUUAUGACGACAAAAAGAAUGCGAACCGUUACCAAUUAUUUCAUAGUGAAUCUCUCCAUUGCGGAUGCCAUGGUAUCCAGUCUGAACGUGACGUUCAAUUAUAUUUACAUGCUGGACAACGAUUGGCCUUUCGGUGAACUCUAUUGCAAAAUAUCGCAAUUUAUAGCAACAUUGAGCAUAAGUGCUUCGGUGUUUACACUAAUGGCGAUAUCCAUCGACAGAUACGUUGCCAUUAUGAAGCCGCUGGAACCGCGUAUGAGCAAGCGAUGCAAUCUGGGCAUUGCCGCGUUCAUUUGGAUAGCCUCAAUUACGAUUUCAUGCCCCAUGCUGCUCUUCUUUACAACCGGCGAGGUUGAAUUGAAGGAUGGCACCCGAAUUGUGUGCUACGCCGAAUGGCCUGAUGGUCCCACGAAUCAUUCGCAACAAGAAUAUGUUUAUAAUAUCGUUUUUAUGAUACUCACGUAUAUAUUACCCAUCAUUUCGAUGACAGUUACUUAUUCACGAGUCGGCAUUGAGCUUUGGGGCUCGAAAACAAUCGGAGAGUAUACACCGCGGCAAGUGGAGAAUGUCCGGAGUAAGCGCAGGGUGGUGAAAAUGAUGAUGGUUGUCGUGGGGAUAUUUGCCGUUUGUUGGUUGCCCUUUCACACCUAUUUCAUAUUGACAUCAUGUUAUCCGUCGCUGACACAGACACCUUUUAUUCAGGAAGUCUAUUUAGGCAUCUAUUGGCUGGCCAUGAGUAACUCCAUGUAUAAUCCGAUUAUUUACUGCUGGAUGAACUCAAGAUUCCGUUAUGGCUUCAAGCGGUUCUUCCGUUGGUGUCCGUUCGUUAAAGUCGGCGCUGAAUCUCUAAAUCGGCGCGACAAUAUGACGUCGCGUUACUCAUGCUCGGGUUCGCCGGAUCACAAUCGCAUCAAAAGAAAUGAUACUCAGCGUUCGUUUUUGUACACCUGUCCGAGCUCGCCAAAGAGUCGUCGCGUAGCUUCACAUUAUGGUAUGUUACGUAAUUCCACAAUAGUAUCCCAUCGAGAUCCGAUGCGACACUCAGCGCCAAUUGGCAGCAACAACACCAGCGCAUACCAUCAACGCUUCACCAUUAGUCACUGUAGCAAUAGUCACGAGCUUACAUCGCUGACGUCGUUAAGCGGCGCGCCGGGUACGAAGGGACAAUAUGGAUUCGUAAUGAAGGCUGAGCCCAUCAAAGUGGCGCUGCGAAAUGGCAGCGCACAACAAGUGUCAUUGCCAUUAUGGCCAGCGACAGUUGAAACAACCGACACCGAAGCAUGCACAACAACAACACCGUUACCGCCGCAGCCGCCGCCACUAUCCACACUUGGCACCGGCGAAAACGGAGGUGUUGAAGGUGGUCGCAUUGGUGGUGAUGUGUGCGGUGUGGAUGAGACAAAUGUACGUGCCACAUCCUGACAGUUUGAGCGCACACACUGCAACAAUAGCAACAGUGGCAGUGUCAAAGUAGUUGAGGAGCGUGACAAAUGCUGCAAUGCUAUAGACGAAGGUUUGGAAUAUAAAAAUGUCAACGGUAGUACAAAAGCUUAUGCUAUUAGCAACAGUAGCAGUAAGAACAACAACAACAAACAUCGUACAAUAGAUGCCACAGACGGUGGCAACACAAUUGGCACAGCAACAACAACGACAACAAAAGCCACAACAACAACGCUGUUGUCGACAAAUACGCCACGUGGCAUCUUCGUCUCGUCUACAAUGGAUGAUAAGACAUGGCUGUAAAUUAACGGUGUAGAGAAGGUUUCGAAAAAUACAUACUUGACAGACGCAGCCCAGUAGGUGACCAGAAUAAAUGAAAACAACGGUGUUUCGUAUGUGGGUUGUCGUGAUGAAACUUGACACUGGCAGGUGUGUGUGAGUCUAACUUGACGGAGGCUGGUGUAUUGCGUGCACCACCUGGUAGGCGAUAAGAUGACGAUGAGCUGCGCAGCCCUAGUGAUUUCGAUUGACGCUACAAUUUUCUAAUUUUAGAAAAUACAGUUUAUAUUUUAAAACAACAAGUCGCUGAGGACGUCUUCCUAAUUUGACCCACAGUUGAUUCUUCAUUAAAUCAAAUUGGCUAGUCUCGACAGAAAUGACAGAUUAGUCCCAGUCUCUAAGGUAGUAACUCCAACAGAACUAAUGGAGUUGUAAUAUAUGAAUGUAUUAUUUGUGUGCUGCGAAAUAUCAUACUAGACCACAUAUCUUAAACUACUGCUUGUAAUUUAAAUAGAGAAAUCAAACUUAAGGUUAUUAAAGAUACGUGUGUAUUUAAUGUUAUAUAAAGAUCGUAUAAAUGUAUAUAUGUAGUUGUCAUUUAAAAAAAAAAAAACGGAUAAAUAUGGAAUGUGAAAUCUCAGCACAGUGGUUAGACGAAUUGUCUUUAAAAAUUCUAUGUACAUAUAUGUAUAUGUAGAAUAAGAUAAUAGAAUAAGAACAAGUUUAGUUAAACAAAUUUAUUAAUUUGGAUAAACGUUUUAGUACUAAGAAUUGCACUCAAAUAAACCAAAUAAACUGAAAAAUAUUAUAAGAUAUAUUAGAAUUAAUACCUUAAAAUCUCUUUAAGUUUGAGAUAAGGCAGAGGAUUCACGAAAGUUCAAUAACUAAAUAAUAUACACACAAGUGUAUAUGAAUAUAUCAUUUCAUAAUACAUAUAUCAAUAAUAGUAUGAAAAAGAUGCUGACGCUGGCAUGUUGCAUAUUGAAUUUUUCGUUAAUUAAUUUUUAUUCAUUUUAAGAUUUUCUGAAGCCAAAUGUGUAGCUACCGCGAGAUUUUUAUACCCUUGAUUCUACAAGAAGUUUAACGAUCAUUCCAGCACAUAUACAUUAUAUGAGUUGAUUACACAUCCACAGCGGAUAAAUUUUAAAAAUAAAAUCACAUUGAUCCCCACUUAGAGUUUCUGAAAAGUAUUGUCAAAUUCGUAAUCCGUGACCCCGAAAAACGAGUAAGUAACGAGUUUCAAGCGAAUCUGAAUUUUAAUAAAUGCUGACUGCCUUAUUGUUUUUUUUUUGUUUGGGUUUCGGGAUUCGGAUUCAGCGACCCCAGAAACAUAGGGUAAACAUAGUUAGACCCCAGACCAAAACCAAAAUUUUUGUGUGGCUGUGUUAUUAACGUAAAGAAACGAGACUGCCUAAUUUAACAACUUAUGUCGCUCAUAGAUUAUAUAUUUAGUUCUAAUGACUUUUUUAGAUCUCGAUAAUAACCGAGAUGGAAAUGUCCAUAUAACUCUCAUGCGUAAAGAUAAAGAGAUGUACAACUGUCAUGUCAUUAAAGAUAGUGAAAGUAAAUAACCUACUCUACUUUGAUAGUAGACUGAAGACCUUUAGCUAUUGGGAAAACUGGUUAUACCAGAUUGAAAUAAAUAUCCCAAUAGGGAUAUAUCGCACAAUGAUAUUUAAAUAUUUAUACGAAAUGUGCAAUAUGUAAUGGUUUUUGAACGUAAUACAUUUUGACUCUUUUAAUUUUAAUACCUAAAAAUUUAUUGAACUUUUGAAUCUCUCGUAAGCGACAAACUCAAUAGCAAAUACUCGUAAUAAGUAUUAAUCAUUUUUUUUUUAUUUAAUGUUUUAAUUUUUUUUUUGAUUAAUCACAGCAAAUAAAAUAAGAGUAUUAACCGAUGAGUAAAAUGAAAUUAUUAUUAAUUUUGGUAAGAAAUAUGAGGUUGUACGCUCUCACUCUUAAAAUUACAAGCUGUUCCAAAAAUUUGGAAUUAUGUGCAGUCAAAUGAAUGUAUAUGUAUAUGUGCUAGUGCACUAAAGUGUGUCGAAAAGCAAAAUAAAUGUGAGAAAUGAAAAACUAUAUAACUAUUUAAUUGCAAACAAAGUUCAAAAGGAUCUUUUCCCGAAAUAUAUAAGAUAAGGCUAUUUGUAAAUUGGUUACCAUUAAUUGUUGAACGCACUGUAUUUACACGCUUCUGCACGCCACUUUGUAAAUACAUACAUAUAUGUAUAUUUAAUGCUAAAUGACUAGAUAUACUACAUAUAUCUCUAAAGAUUAAAAGAAUUGUGAUUGUUGUUAUUGGUCGGAAAAAAAACUCGAUAUUUUAAACAGGGAAAGUAAAUACAAGUAAAUAUUUACAUAGUUAUACAGAUAUAUUUGGCAUGUAAGAAUUAGUUAUGAAAUUUAAUUAUUUUUUAGGUAUGUUUACAUGGAUGUUUACAUAUUUCUACAUAAAACCAAAAACAAUAAUUGUUAAAGCUGUAGAUAAUUAUUGAUGUUGCACUGAAAACAUUUUACGAGUUUUACGUAUUCAUAGUUAUGCGUUGAGUUUUACUUUCUUAAAUACUCUUGGAACUCGCUUAAAAAUAGUUUCACAAACUUUUUUCUUAUCAAAGCUAUCGAAUUUACAUGGAUGAAAAAUCAUUUCAAAUAAAAUUAAAUAAUUGUAAUAAACUAAUUGUAAUUGUUUUAAAUUUGAAAUUAGAUAUUCUAUUCUGAACUAGUUUAUAUUUCUUCUGUCAUUUUAUUUAUUAAAAAAAAUACACGAACGCUUAACGAUGCAGUUUUCUGUGAUUAUUUUACUGAACGGGUGGUCCAACUAAUGUAUUUUUAAACUUCUGUAGGCAUGGGGUAAUACGUCAAUACCGAAUACCAGGUAUCUCAGGUAUUGUCUAGGGAAAGUUAUAUGCUCAAGUAAAUUAUUGGAUAUAUAGUAUAUAUGGCUGAAAUUCAACCAUUUUCGCCACCAAGCUACUAAAUAUUCAAAAUUAUUUGUUGACAUAACUAUUUUAUUAAGAUAACACACAAUUUGACCAUAUAUUCGGCAUAAAGUCCCCUAAAAUAACGGAACUGAUUAGAUACAUAAUAUAUUGUGACUGAAGCGAUUCCCGAACCAAUUUAAACCAUAUUCGCCACUAAACUACUUAAUA